AUGUCUGGCAAUUCUCUCCACUCACGUUCUACUCGUUCGCGACUUCAUCUUCGUUCCACCACUUCGAGAAGUCCUCCAAGUUUACAUGAAACACUUUCUGAAGCUUCCGAUAAUUCGACGCGAACUACACAGCAAAGAACUGCGAGAAAUGCUUCCCAAAGUAGAAGUUUACAUCGAACUGUUCAGCAACCGCUGUUAUCACAAGAGCAAAUGAUUGUAGAAGGAGGAAAUACCUUAAAUACAGAGCAGGAAGCAGUUCAGCGCGGUCAAAGUGAUCGCCAUUCACCAACACGAUCACAACUAACCGAAUCAAGUGCACUUCAGUAUGGUUCUGAUUUCGACACAUCAAGUCAAGUGGGCAGUACAGUGUCAUGGCAGCGAGCAGUGCGACAUAUGCGAUCUGAUAUUAAUUGUGCACCAUCUCAGCAUCGUACUAUUUGCAUCGAUAGUAUGGAAGACGAUCUUUCUAUUGAUUUGGAACCUGGUCCAAAGCUUUACAUUUGGGGAACGCGUAUCUGCGUUUUUGAUGUGCAGCGUGCAUUUCGCACUUUCGUCAAUGAAUUUAGACCAACAAGUGUUUCAGAUGAUGAAAAUGUGCUUACGCUUCCAUCAAAUGUGCGAAUGGAAAUUGAUUUGGAACGGCCAUACUAUUUGGAGCGCCUGUAUGAAAUUGACCAGAGUGAGAAUAUUGCUUUUAAUUUGAAUUUGCAACACGUCAAACUGUUCAGUGAAGCAUUAUAUCGAAAAAUUGUUUGCUAUCCGUCGGAUGUCAUACCAUAUCUUGAUCUGACGAUAAACGAAAUAUUUUCCGAGAAAUACCAAAAAGUAUUAUAUGCUCCGAUUGAAGUUCGGCCAUUCAACGCGCAGAAAACACGUAACAUGCGUGCACUGAAUCCACAGGAUAUCGAUCAGUUAAUCACCAUUGGUGGUAUGGUUAUACGAGCCUCACCAUUGAUCCCUGAAAUGAGGCAGGCAUAUUUCCAAUGCACUGUUUGCAAUUUUCCGGUUGAUGUUGAAGUAGACCGUGGUCGAAUUGAAGAACCAGCUGUAUGUCGUAACUGUCAAUCGAAGUAUUCUUUCCAGCUAGUCCAUAAUCGUUCUCUUUUUAUGGAUAAACAGAUAGUUAAAUUGCAGGAGUCUCCAGAUGACAUGCCCGCUGGACAAACACCACAUACUGUAACAUUAUUUGCACAUGGUGAUAUGGUGGAACGUGUUCAACCUGGUGAUCGUGUAACUGUUACGGGAAUUUAUCGUGCCGUACCGGCACGCGUAAAUCCACGCAUGCGAAAUGUUAAUUCCGUUUAUCGUACCAGUAUCGAUGUGUUACACUUUCGAAAGACUGAUCAGAAUCGCCUGCAUCAAAUCGAUGAUGGAACUCAUUUAACAGAUGAAAGAGUUUGCAUGAUCAUGAAUUUGGCAAAACGAACCGACAUUGUUAAUUGUUUAAUAAAUGCUGUUGCUCCUUCAAUCUAUGGCCACGAGGAUAUUAAGCGAGGUAUUCUGUGUUUAUUGUUCGGUGGUGCCAACAAGGAGGAUAAAACAGGUAACAAAGUUAAGCUGCGAAGCGAAAUAAACAUACUGCUAUGCGGUGAUCCUGGUACUAGUAAAAGUCAGCUUCUACAAUAUGUGUAUCGACUUGUUCCGCGUGCACAAUAUACAUCGGGAAAGGGGUCUUCCGCUGUUGGGCUGACAGCAUCUGUCGCUCGUGAUCCCGACACGCGUCAUCUUGUACUUCAAACCGGUGCACUUGUUUUAGCAGAUAACGGAGUAUGUUGUAUAGAUGAAUUUGAUAAAAUGAAUGAUAGUACGCGUUCAAUUUUGCAUGAAGUAAUGGAACAGCAAACACUUUCAAUAGCAAAAGCUGGAAUUAUCUGUCAGCUAAAUGCACGGACUUCAAUUUUGGCUGCUGCAAAUCCCGUAGACUCGCAAUGGAAUCAGAAUAAAACCAUUGUUGAUAAUAUUCAGCUACCUCAUACAUUGUUGUCUAGAUUCGAUUUAAUUUUUCUUUUGGUUGAUUCUCAGAAUGAAUUAUAUGAUCGACGCUUAGCUAAUCAUUUGGUUUCAUUGUAUUAUAGAGAAACUAACAAUGAGGGAUGUGAACUGCUGGAUUUGGCUCUUUUGCGUGAUUACAUCGGAUAUGCUCGAUCUUAUGUUAAUCCACUGCUGAAUGAAGCAUCUUCGCGGUGCCUUAUUGAUAAAUACCUUCAAAUGCGAAAAGCUGGAUCUGGUUUUGGACAAGUUUCUGCCUAUCCUCGACAACUGGAAUCAUUGAUUCGUUUGGCUGAGGCUCAUGCGAAAAUUAGAUUAAGUAGUGUGGUAUCAGUACAGGAUGUUGAAGAUGCAUAUAGCUUAUAUCGCGAAGCCUUGAAACAGUCAGCAGUGGAUCCGUCUACCGGUCGAGUUGACAUCAACAUUUUAGCUGCUGGAAUUAGCGCAACAACUAGACAAAUCAUCGAUCAGCUGGCUGAAGCGAUACGUGGUGAACUUUCGCAGCGACAAGGAAUUUUGAUUUCACUAAAGAAAUUAAUGCAACAGUUACGUCAAAACGAUUUGUCUUUUACGAAAGAAUUAUUCGAUGAGGCAGUCAACAACUUGAUCAAAAACGAAGUGUUGGUUCGUACUGGUGACAAAAUACGAUAUGUUGCGGCAACCUAA